CUCCCCUGCCCCGCCCUGCCGCGCACGCGCGCGGAGCAGGACGGGUCGAUUCACGCAUCCAAAAUGGCGGCCGCAAUGGAUGUGGACGCCCCCAGCGGCACCAACAGCGGCGCCGGCAAGAAGCGCUUCGAAGUGAAGAAAUGGAACGCCGUCGCUCUGUGGGCAUGGGACAUCGUGGUUGAUAACUGUGCCAUUUGCAGAAACCACAUUAUGGAUCUGUGCAUAGAAUGUCAAGCCAACCAAGCAUCGGCUACCUCUGAGGAGUGCACAGUUGCAUGGGGCGUCUGCAAUCAUGCUUUCCACUUCCACUGCAUCUCUCGCUGGCUCAAAACUCGCCAAGUAUGUCCGCUGGACAACCGGGAAUGGGAGUUCCAAAAGUAUGGACACUAGAGAGAUGGUCCCACGCUUCUUGUUAUGUCAUCGAACUCAGUUGUUCUUGUCACUAUGGGUUUGUUUUAGUGACUUGGAAAGUCAGUAAUGUAUACGAUUCUUCUUUCAUGCUAAUUUCUUCCUAUUGUAUACCAUUGAAUAAAGUUGUGCUGGAGCUUCCUGUCAAA